GCAAAAAUGACAUUUUUUAAAAAUUUCAAAUUUCCCGCCGUACGCCCCAACGUCACAGGGACCGGAACACAGAAGCCGGAUGCCGGCAUGGGCCGGAGGAGAUGGCCGGGGACGCUGCAGGGCACACAUCGUGGGAGCGAAGGACAAGGUAAGCACUGUAGGGAAUCCCUGUGCAACGCCGCAUGGUAAGCCCGAGUGUAGCUCGUUGUUACCGCUUUUGGUACUGAAACUUUACCCCGAUCUACACUCGGGAAUACCGCUAGGGAGGUUAACC